CGAUGAGACAGUCCGCACAGUAUUAAAUCUCCAUUCUCUGUCUCUGUUUACUUCUUAAUCCUCACCAAUCCCUCUCUGUCUCCUCACUCCACAACAGAUCACACAAAUCUCAAGAAUUCAAAAUAAAAUAAGAAGUUUUCAAAAAAGGAGAAAAAAAAAUAAAAGGAAUUCCCAUUUCCCUGAUUCCCACCAUUUCCCCACCACAAUAAGAUCUCCAUUGCUCCUCCUCUCUGUGGGCAGUUCGUUCUUCAUCUUGGUUGUGAUCAGUCCUUUUGUUUUGUGCGAAUUCUGUUCUAUUAUUCGUCGAUAUAUACUGAAUCUUGAUUUGACAUUAGUUUUCUGGGUUUCAUCUGAUCUUUGGUUGCCGUGAAGAUUUUGUGGAUUUUGAAGUCUGUGGAAUUGGUUUUCGGCUAUGUUUCACACGCCAUUUGUCGUCUCAUUUGCUCUUUUGCUUUCGUUCCCAUUGCUUUUCCUCUUUGUCCCACGUAUCCUUCCUCCCAAGCACGUGGAGAUCUCUCUCCCCGACGAGCUCGACGACCUCGCCCUCUUUCGCCGCGCUGCUCUCACGUCGCUCGGCGGCGGAGGAGCCGUAUCCCGCCUUGGCGUUACAAAUCCAAGACCCAAAAUCGCCUUCCUAUUUCUCACGAACACAAAUCUCCAUUUCGCGCCUCUCUGGGAACUCUUCUUCAAAAACAACGAAGCCCUUUACAAUAUCUACAUCCACGCAGACCCCUCCUCCAAGAUCACUCCUCCCGGAGGCGUAUUCUCGGGCCGCUUCAUCGCCGCAAAGAAAACCGAGCGGGCCACUGCAACUCUCAUCUCCGCCGCCCGCCGCCUGCUUGCAACCGCCGUAAUGGACGACCCGCUGAAUUCAUAUUUCGCCCUCGUUUCUCAGCACUGCAUUCCUCUCCACUCCUUCAAAUACAUGUACAAAACUCUCUUCGUCAAACCCAUCUCCGGCCGUGGCUCUUCCUCGUUCCCUAUACACCGCAGCUUCAUUGAAAUAUUAUCCGACGAGCCUCAACUAUGGGAUAGGUAUAACGCCAGGGGCAAAAACGUAAUGCUACCGGAGGUGCCAUUCGAUCGGUUCCGGAUCGGGUCACAGUUCUUCGUUUUGACCCGGCAACACGCGUUGGUGGUGAUAAGGGACAGGAGAUUGUGGCGCAAGUUUAAGCUGCCAUGCUUUAAUAUGUAUUCUUGCUAUCCGGAGGAGCAUUAUUUUCCGACGCUUCUGUCAAUGGAGGAUCCGGAUGGAUGUACACAUUAUACCCUGACCCGGGUUAAUUGGACCGGGAGUGUUGAUGGACACCCGCAUACUUAUCAACCUGCUGAGAUUUCACCAAGGCUUAUUCAGGAGUUACGGGUAUCGAAUUCAAGCUAUUCAUUUAUGUUCGCGAGGAAAUUCUCCCCCGAUUGCUUGCAGCCAUUGCUGACAAUGGCAGAGAAGGUCAUUUUCAGGGACUGAGUUCGGGUCGGGGACUGGGAAACAGUAAAUGCCAAAGGCAAGUUCAUCAGGCUUUACUACAGUGAUUCACUCUGUAGCCGUGUACAUAGAAGUAAUAUAGUGAAUGGUAGUUCCAGAGUGCGUGAGACGGCUGCUGCAGCGGAGUGGGCUUAUAGCGGAGUCAAGAGAAGAAGGGCGGAAAGAAAGCGAAGGCUCGUCGCUCUUUUUCUUUGGUUUUUUUCUUUUUGUUAAUGAAAAUGAAAAGAUAUCUCCCAUUUGCUCCUCCCGCCAGCCUGAAAUUGCGUAUUUAUUACCAGUUUCCCCCUUCUGAUGAGAUGGUGUGCCAUCUCAUGCUGAGAAGAGUGACAUCUUACACUAAUGUCAUGUUUGGAUCAUUUAAAUUUUUGCAGUGAAAUGGAGGAAGUAAUUGAAUAAUAAAGCAUUCGUUACCAUCUUCAGAAAUGAGUAAAAUGUUCUUUCCGCGAUUUUUACA